AUGAAAGCCUCCACUCGUGACAUGCGUCAGGACGAGCCUCCACUGAGACGAAAGCCCCCAGCCGUUAGAAGGGCCUCAAGCAAGCAAAGCUCCUCCAAAGAUAGACAUGGCGUUGUCUUCGAAGGAUCCAACGGUAGUACCGUGCGGGUUGUUACUCCUGAAUUGAGUGGGUCGCCUCAGAACGAGUACUUUGACGCAAGCUCAAGCAACACUAUUUCUCCAAUGCAGGGCAACGUACGGAGUACCUAUACUGGACAGUCAAUGUCAAGAGAUUAUUCAGGCUCGAUCUCGAAUGACGACGACAAUACCAUUGACAGCCGAAGAAGGCGGGCGCGCACAACUUCAGGAGCGAGAGAUGAUACUGGGCCAGACACAUCACCUGGCUCUUUCGUAUCGAAAGCACGCAAGCGCAUUGGCUCAAUUACCACAAGCGCAGCCCUCAACACCAAAAUGGAGGAUCAGGUAGUAUCCAUUGGGUUUCCUUCGGUGCACCAAGCAGCAUCCUCCUCCGACCCCGAUGAUCGCUAUGGACCAAAAACCCCUAGAAGGACCUUUUCGCCCGACAGCGUAAGCACAUUCGCUUCGGGUGGCGUUCGGUCGCCUAGUUGGCUCGAAUCAGAUUCAGGAAAAAUUCUACAGCUCAUGAAGACCACCUGUGGCCGAAUGCACGGCAUACUCUUCUUUCGUCCUCUGUACACCAGCGCCUGGGCAUCCGGCUACUGCUCUAUACAAGUGGCAUCCGGAAGCCUCGUGUGCCAGGUCAAAGGAGACGUUACACAAACACAAACCCUAAUUCCCGAUCUGCGUGGCUGCAGCGUCCGUACCCACUACGACCCAGAGACCCAAAGUACGUAUCUAAGCGUGUUGACCGCUUCAACGGGAUCAGGUUUCCAGCUGCGCCCCUCCGUCCCUGAAACGUUUGACUCCUGGCUAGCUGCAUUACUCUGCUGGCAGCCUCUCAGACCUCGUGGAGUUCACAACAAAAUGCCAAAACCUCAGAAUGUUUCCAUUCAAGAUGCUCGACCGACAGGUCAACGCCGGAUUUCCGAGGCAACCUCGGGAAAAAGCAUGGCCAUCAUCAAAGUUGGCCAAAUGCGGGCUUGGGAUGGUCCUUUACCCUCUGGCUCGCAAAAGUCGGCUUUGCAUCGCACAAAUAUGCUUCCAGAGGCCAUCGACGAUCGCUCGCUGUGGCGCCGUAUCAGCUGCACUCUUCACGAGAAUGGUGACUUCCGCCUGUUUAACGAGGGAGAGUCAGAACCAAUCUCGACUACAUCCCUAUCUCAGCUUUCUAGAUGUGCCGUGCAGCGCUUAGAUCGAUCCAUCCUAGACACCCCUUAUUGUUUGGCCAUCUAUCCCCAUUAUACUGUUCAGACAUCGACGGCUCGUCAAAAGCGACCAAUGAUACUUUCUCUCGAGACUCGAGUUGCCUUUGAGGCCUGGUAUGUACUUUUGCGAGCUUUGAUGGUGCCUGAACUAUAUGGGCCGGAGCAGAAUGGGGUUGGGGUUCCAGCAGGACAGGAUACAAGAGGCAUGUUCCGCAUCGAGCAACAACUUCUGGUCAAAAUCACGGAAGCCAAGUUCGUUCACAGCUUGACCGAGCGAGAGGUGCAGACAUCGACCAAGGCAAAACGCAAAUCUGCUAGACCGCAACGUGUAAAUGCAGACGUCUACAUUGAUGUUGUUUGUGGACAGGAUCUUAAGGGCAGAACGUCGAUCAAACCCUGUUCAAACAGUGUGCUGUGGGUCGAAGAGUUUACCUUCCGGGACCUGCCAUCUCUACUCAGUCGAAUCGCCAUCAUUGCGCGGAUAGGAAACCCUGGCGAACAAGAGUGGACCAUGAUUGCACAUGGACCAUAUGAUAUGUCUGGUGACGCAGCUUAUCUCACCGGUGUCGGAGGUAUCGAGGUCUCCAGCCACGACUCCGUCCUUGGCAAAGUUGACAUCCCUUUGGAUGAUCUCGAGCAGCGCGGCCCAGUGGAAAAGUGGUGGCCGGUUACCGACAACAUGAAUCGUGUUGUUGGCCAGGUUUUGAUGAGACUGAGCCUGAAUGAGACGGUCGUCUUGAUGAGCGAGGAGUACAGACAGCUGUCGAACCUUCUCCACAGCUUCGAGAACAGCCUCACCUCUCAAAUCGCGCAGCUUCUUGGUCCAGAGUUGAAGCAGGUAUCCGAUGUCUUUCUUGAUCUAUUUCAGUCAACAAACACCGUCCAUGAUUGGCUCACGAAUCUCAUCGAAGAAGAAAUUGAUGGCAUACACCGUGACACACCUCCCUUUCGUAUGAGGUUCAGUGGACGUCUCCAGUCAAGCGAUUCUUACGAAAACUCGGAGCAGAGAGAGGUCCUUGUUCGCGAUUUGAACAGGUCGGCUAAUCAAGAAGCCAACCUACUUUUCAGAGGCAAUUCACUCGUCACGAAAGCUCUUGACUCUCAUAUGCGGCGGCUAGGCGGUGAGUAUUUGGAGACCGUGUUGGGACCUAGGCUUCGCAAAAUUGCCGAAAAGGAUCCUGACUGUGAGGUUGACCCGAUGCGGGUCAACUCAGCCGAGCAACAGGAACGGAACUGGUCGACUCUUCUAAAUCUUACGCAGGCCAUCUGGAGAGCAAUAGCAGACUCCACUGACCUGUGCCCCCCUGGCUUGCGCAUAUUGUUCAGGCAUAUCCGAUCAUGUGCUGAAGAUCGCUAUGGGUCCUUCAUCCGCACGGUAAAGUACACGAGCAUUUCGGGCUUUUUAUUCCUAAGAUUCUUCUGUCCCGCCAUUCUCAACCCCAAGUUGUUCGGACUGGCUGCCGACCACCCACCCGAGCGAACAAAGCGAACUUUCACCCUCAUUGCCAAGUCCUUGAAUGCUCUCGCGAAUAUGGCCAAAUUCGGCACAAAAGAAGUUUGGAUGGAGCCCAUGAACAGAUUCCUCACUGCUGCCACCCCUGAGUUCAAGAUCUUCAUCGACGAUAUUUGCAGCAUCAGCGCUUCACAAGCGACACCCCACAUGGAGCCGCAAUAUGCGACACCCACUCAGAUUAGAGGCCGCCUUCCUCCGGCAUCACGCGAAGGAUUACCGAGUUUACCCUUUCUCCUCGACUCUAGCAAGCUUCUGUCUGAGUUGACCGAGCUUUGGACUACGCAUGCCCCGGCUAACUUGGCUGAUGAGGCUGGCAUGGAGAACGUUGUGAAGGAGUUCCACAACCUUUGCACAGAUUUGCAAAGCAAAACAAAGGAAUGCUUAUCUAGCGCUGAGCAAGCCGAAAAGCCAGACGGUAAAUUGGAGCCAAAGUGGCAGCAAGUCCUGAAAGACCAGCAGCAGAAGUUACGAACAGUUUAUGACGAGCGAUAUAUGGCAUCACCAGCGAAUAAUGACCCUGAAUUGACCGCCCUCCCACAGCCGAGAGGGGAAGCAGCUGAAGGUGUGGGUGAAGGAGAUACUACGCCAUCAAGCGCAGCCUCAGGUCCCUGGGAGCGCCGACUACCGAUGCAUAGUGCCAAUGCGCGCACGUUUACCGACUCGACCAACUCCUCUACAGCCUCGUUCGAGAUGGUGGACGAAGGUCGGGCGCGAAUGGGCGGUAGCCGAGAUGGAGCUUCCAAGAGCCGACUCUUUGACUUUGUAAGCUCUUCUGGCAGACGGAAAGGCAGGGGGGAUCGAUCCCAUACGCAUGACGACGGAAACGAAUUCUAA